AUGUCAAUUACGACAAUUCCUUUACGUCGUAUUACAUUGUAUAAGAAUAAUUUGGGUUAUUUUGAACGAAUAAUUGUCGAUACCCAGGUACCAAUAGUUCUGCGUGUUGCUAAAAAGCAUAAGCAAUUAGUGAUUGAUACAUUAUGUACAAUAGUUGAUUCAGUAGUAUUCGAUACGGAAGAACACGAUAAACAAGUUAUCGAAAGAACAAUUGAACAUGUUUUUACGUUUAUAGAUUUUGCUUCGGCAACUUCAUUUGCUAAGUUUCUUAACACAUGUAUUGCAGCUGAAGUUGUAUUGUCUAUCAAAGAUGUUAGCAAAGAACAAUCUGGUAAGUUAAUUAUACUUGAUGAAAUACCAACAAUACUCAAUCCGAAUUCAGCAAAAACAACAACACAAUAUUUACUUCAAAUUUUCACUACAAAUGGAUUUAUUCGUCAUUUCGCACUUGCUUUCAUCAAUGGUAUCAAAUUUGUUGACUCAUAUUUACAAGAACAACUAGAAAAAGUAUUAAUAAAAAUUUUAGAAAAUCAUAUGCCAUCAAAUAAAGUAUCUUACGAAUCUGUUCGUCUUCUAUUCAAAAUGGAUAAUUUAUUACGGAGUUCUUCAAUCAUAACUGCUACAAAUAUGUCAGAGCAAUCAUCUUUACUCAAAGUAUUCUAUUGCUAUGCAACAAAAGCAUGGCGAUGUUUAUAUCGAUGCGAAAUUGAUUCAUCUAUAUCGAUGAAGGAUAAUUUCAAGGUUGAUUUAACUUUGUUCGGUUCAAUUAAUAAUCUGACAGAAGAAGAUUGGUCUCAAGUAGACCUUGUAUUUGUUGCUAAUGAACUUGAAAUUUGCAAGAAUAAUAAGUCAACAAUAGUGGCUACUAGUUGUGAAAAAGCAAGAAGUUAUGAGAAAAAACUAUCUGGCAACAUGUUAAUUUCUAUUAGAACAUUAAAAGGCAAAACAAUUACAAUACAAGUCAAUGCAUCUGAUACUAUUGAAAUAUUGAAAACCAAAAUUCAAGAUAAAGAAGGUAUUCCUCCAGAUCAACAACGUAUCAUACAUGCUGGAAAAGAAUUAGUAGAUAAGAGAACAUUGAGUGAUUGUAAUAUUCAAAAAGAGUCUGUUCUAUGUUUGCUUAUUCGAUCACGAAGUAGUUCAGUUGCUCGUCAUGAUGAUUCAAUCCUUUCAAAAGAUGAAAAAACGACUGUCAAUGCGAAUCUCAAAACAGAUGAUGAUGUUGGAAAUUACGAAUCGAUCGAUACUAGAGAAAUGAGUGGUCUUCAUGAGCAUGUUGUUUAUACAAUUAAUAGACCUGUUACUAUUCGAUCACAUGAAAGUGCUCUAGUAACAAUUAACAGAUGGCAAAUGGAUGCACAAUUUGUUCUCUACUAUAAUCCGAAAAUCAAUGAUUUAAGCGCAAUCAAAGCUGUUCAUUUGAAAAAUAAUAUGGAUGUUGUCUUGGCUCCUGGAAGUAUUGCUAUAUUAGAUAGAGGACGACUUGUUGCUCAAUGUGUUUUUACAACAAUGUUACCAAACGAUGAUCAAUUAAUUCAUUAUGGCUUUGAUUCCACUAUAUCUAUUUGUACUAUUCCAUUACCACUUCAAGUUCAUAAUGAAAGUAUUGAUAUUAUUUAUCCAGAAAUUGGUAAACUUAAUACAAAUACUGUUCCAAUUGGCAUUGGUCUUCAACAACUUUAUAUUAAACGUACCCGUUAUUUAAUUAAAAAUACCGUUUUAGAUCGGUCUAUAUCAAAAUUUUAUAUUGAUCAUAUAGCUGAUUCUUCUUUAGGUGGUUAUGUUGUUACUACACAGAAUAGAUGUAUCAAAUCAGUAAAAGAUUGUAGUCGUUUUGAACUAAAAUUUGAACCACAACAAGAUAUUGAAUUUAUUGUUGAUGAACAAGCAAGACAUAGUAAAAAAAUAUUUGUAUUAACUGCACUUGAAUUAUUCGUAGAAAAACAAGUACCUGAUCUCGUUCAAGCAAAAAUAAUAGAAAAUAGAACGAUUGAAUUCUGUCAAACAGAUAUUAAAUCGAUAUUGGAAAAUCAAGAAUGUAUUCGACAAAAUAUUGAAGCAUUAGAAAAAGUUGAUCAGUCAGAUAUCAUGAUACGAUAUUUAAAAGAUUUGAAUCCUGAAGACGAUAAUUUACAAGAAGUACGACGUCAAAAAAAAGCAAUGCAAGAUCUGCAUAAUACACAGCAACAUGAAUUAGAAAAUGAACAAGCAAUAUUCAAAUAUGAAGCUAAAGAGACACAAAAAAAUCUUUAUAUCUAA